GUGGUGAAACUGGCAUUAAAUACAAAAUUGACCCCACGAAGAAUCCAUUUAAUGAAGCAACAGAAAAUCCUGAAAUACAUGCCGUUAUUGGUUCCACUGUGUCUCUCCCAUGCAAUCUCACCCCACCUUCUCCGGAUGAUUCAUUUUCCUUAGUACUGUGGUAUAGGCUUGAUUUACCAAAUCCUAUAUAUACAGUAGAUGUCAGAAGUGUCACUGCACCAGGAGACGCAAAACAUUUCUCCAGUAAAGUCCUUGGUACUAGAGCACGUUUUAAUGUGAGCAAUCAAAGACCUAGUCUAGCAUCACUUACUCUAGAAAAAGUUAGAGAAGACGAUGCGGGUGAUUAUAGGUGCAGAGUAGACUUCAAGAGGGGAAGAACUCUCAGUUGGUUGGUAAAGCUCAAUGUUAUUGUGCCUACAAAUAGUUUAGUGAUAAAAGAUAAGGAUAAUAAAACCUUAUCUGAAACGAUAGGUCCAUAUAAAGAAGGAUCAUCACUCACACUCAUAUGUGUAGCUCACGGAGGUCACCCACUACCUUCUGUGACCUGGUGGCGUUCCAAAUCAGAUUUGAUUGAUCAAUCGUACGAAGCUGAUGAAACAAAGGAGCUUGUUAGAAACGAAAUGAUCAUCGAAUCACUCAAAAGAGAAGAUUUGCUCACAGAAUAUACCUGCCAGGCUUCAAAUACAAAUUUAACAGCUCCCAUCACGAAUUUAGUGAAAUUGGACAUAAGCUUAAAUCCAACAGACGUCCGAAUUAAUGCACCUCAAAGUCCGAUUUCAGCGAAUGAAAGAGUGGAAAUAAUGUGUGUCAGCAAAGGUUCCAGACCCGCAGCACAAAUUUCUUGGUGGAUAGACGGCAAAGAUUUGAAGAGAUAUGCAACGGAUGAGGUUGAAGGAGAUGAAACACGAAGUAAACUAUUUUUUACGCCCACCAGUGACGACAAUGAAAAAAUAUUAACAUGCAGAGCGGAAAAUCCGGAAAAUCCACAAAGUGCCUUAGAGGACCAGUGGACUCUAAAUGUAUACUAUGCUCCGAUACUGUCGGUAUCUUUUGGUGCAAGUCAGCAACAUGAGAAUAUCCGGGAGGGAAGUGACGUUUAUUUCGAUUGCAACAUCCAAGCAAAUCCUCCUGCCACAGAUAUCAGAUGGAGAUUUAAAUCAAAGCCCCUCCUUCACAAUCCUUCCCAAGGAGUGAUUCUUAGGAAUUACACACUUCUCCUGCAGAACGUGAAAAGAAGUCAAAGGGGAAGAUAUAAAUGCAUGGCUUCGAAUUUGGAGGGAGAAGGUAUCAGUGAAGAAAUCAAUUUGCGCGUUCAGUUUGCUCCUGUUUGUGUGAAAGACCAGAAAACAACGUAUGGUGUAGCAAGGCACGAAGAGGCGAAUAUAACAUGUGCAGUUGAAUCAGAUCCCCCUGAAACAGCCUUCAAAUGGUCAUUCAAUAAUAGUCUUUCAGAAACAAUAAAAAUUCUUUCUUUUCACAAUGACGGUGCUUCAAAGAGUGUUGCCAGAUACAUACCCCGAACAAAAUUGGAUUAUGGUGCUCUGUAUUGCUUUGCGCAAAAUGCUGCUGGAACAAUGAAAGAUCCAUGCGUAUUUACUAUAAUGCCGACAGGACCCCCAGAACCAGUACAAAAUUGCUCAGUAACGAAUCAGUCUGCCAAUUUUCUCAUGUUAUCUUGUGAUGCUGGCGAUGACGGAGGAUUACCUCAGACAUUUCACUUGGAAGUUUAUAGUAUGAGUGCUGAACAACUUAUAAUGAAUAUGUCGGUGACAGAGACACCAGUUUUUGUAGCAGAAAAACUUAUUUCAAGCUCAUCUUAUAUUUUAGUUUUAUAUUCUUCAAAUACCAAAGGAAGGAGUACAUCUGUUGCACUAACUGCUCACACUUUAUUUUCAGCUGAGCCUAGAACAAGUGAUACACAGCCAGUUACAAUUAGUGCUGUAUUAGUUGUUUUAAUGGGAACAGUUGGAGCUCUCGUAUUUUUAGCCAUUUUAAUUAUUUUAAUAAUGAAGUCAAGAGGUGAUAGAAGAGGCAAAAACGAAGAGAAAACAACAGAAGAAAAGUUACCAGCGUCGUCAGAAAGUGUAUUUGAUGGCAAACAGACUGAUAUUUACACGAAAAAUUAUCAAACAGAAUAUGUUGAUUUGACUCCCAAUGCCCGAACAGAGAGGAUAUAUGAAAGUUUGGGAGAUUGCAAAGAAUACACAUAUGAAAAUGUUAUACACAAACCUCACUAUCCAUCGAAUCAGAACGCUCACAAUCACCAUCCUUUAUCAACUAUUGUUACAAGAUGACAUGAGGAGAUGUGCUAACUUUCGGAAAGCUUAAAAAGAACUUAAUGUGAAUGAGGAAAGGUGAAAUACCAUUGGCUAUUGAUUUUAAAGUAUCCACACGAUUUGAAAAAAAAAAUAUUUGAAACCAAAAAACUAUGUGGCAGUGUUCUACAUUGUUAUAGUUGACUAAUUUUGCUGUUUUUUACUUGCAGCAAAAUUAAACUCAUAUUCUUCUUCAGAAACUAUGUGUUGCAUUUGUUGUUCUAUAUAUUGUGUAUUAUGGUGUAAAGUACAAGCCUUCUUUCGAGGCUCGAAAUAUGUAUGUAUUGUAAUACAUGUUGUUUGUUAACGAAGUUUUCUACAUGAUAUUUACUCAGUGUUAAGUUACGCAUCUAGAAGUGAUGUUCAAGAUGGAUUGCUCUUAC